AUGGCUCUAUAUCAGCUUCCACUCGUCAUAUUCUCCGCCAUCGUGACAUAUAUCGCUUUUGGUCGCCGUCGCAAGCCUAAACUUGAGAUCUAUUACUCUCCGCAUCCUGUACCCCUCCCGCGUCGCAAGACCGAGGGCGAUGCAGAAGAAACACUCAUCUCCCUGUCGAAGCGCAAACUGACUACGGUAUUCGGUCCCGAGGCUGGCUUCGUGAGCGUUCCGUGGCUUCCGACCGGAGACGCACACACCAUAUAUGCAUCUGUCGGCGACUUCUCCAAGGUCGAUCAAGUCGAAUACGAGCGCAUACACAUCAGCUAUUCCGAUGGAGGCCUCGGCGCUCUUGAUGUCUACCCGUCUUCCAAAGCUCGACCUCACGAACCAGGUGAACCCAUCAUCUUCGUCAACCAUGGUCUUACGGGCGGCUCGCAUGAGGACUAUGUUCGCUCGACGCUUAUGGCUCUGUGUCCGCCCAAGUCGGAAGGCGGACUCGGUAUACGCGCUGUUGUGCAGAACUCGAGAGGUUGCAACGGGUCUCCUUUGACCUUUCCCAAAAUCUACCAUGCCGGAACCACAGAUGACCUGCGCCAUGCUAUCCUAUGGAUAUCGAAAACCUUCCCUUCCUCGCCCAUCUUCGGCAUCGGCUUCUCCCUCGGCGCUAAUCAAAUCAGCCGCUACACAGGCCAAGAAGGCGCCCUCUGUCCACUCACAGCCGUCGCCUCCGUCGCUAACCCCUUCGACUUCCUCAAAAGCGCAGUACACAUCGAAUCCGGCACCCUCAUGUGCAAAUACGUAUACAACUACGCCCUGGGCGGCGCGCUACAGGCUCUCAUCAGCCGGCAUUUGCCGAUAUACUACAAUGAUCCGCGGAGUAAGGUGCCCGUUGAGCCACUGAAGGAGUUCGUGAAUAAGAAGUGGGUCACAAUUCGCGGGUUCGACGAGGUCUGCACGAGGCAUAGUUUUGACUUCGUCAAUGCGGACGAUUACUACGCUCAAGCCUCCUCCGUGCGGUAUCUCGACAAGGUGGCCGUGCCGUUCCUCGGGCUCAAUGCGCUCGACGACCCGGUGACGGGAACCGAAUGGCUGCCGACUGUUCAAGCCCUCACCAAUCCCAACAUACUCCUUGUCCGCACCGAGCAUGGAGGGCAUCUGGGUUGGUUCGAGGCGAAGCCGGGCGGAGGGGUCAGGAGGUGGUACCCGAGGCCGAUCAAGGAGUUCUUCGGCGCGUUAUUGGAGUAUGGUGUCGAGCCGCGGCCGAAGCUGGAGUGGGAUGAGAUUGAUGGGAGGACGGUGCAGAGAGGGCGGCCGGAUAUUAGUGUGAGGGUGUUGAGGGACGAUGAGGUUCCGCCGAGCGUGCCGCUCAAGUCGAGUGCGAAGUCGAGCGCGGUGCCGUUCCAUACACGCAUCAUGCGGAAGCUGUUCACUGGGUGGUGA